AUGUCUGACAGAAAAGCAGUCAUAAAAAAUGCCGACAUGUCGGAGGAGAUGCAGCAGGACGCAGUCGAGUGCGCCACGCAGGCUCUGGAGAAGUACAACAUCGAGAAAGACAUCGCUGCAUACAUCAAGAAGGUAGCUACCCAGACGACAGUUCAAUGACUAACAUGGUCUGUGGUCCAUGGAAGUCACUGAUGAACUUCACUAACAGCGUGGUGCCGAGACCAGGCUUUGUGGAAUCUAGCUCCUAAUGCAUCGAUUUGCCCAAGGUCAAUACUUAUAAAAAUGUAAAUUAUUAAACGCCCACCGUGUACCUGUUUGGCCUCUGUGGUUGCGUGCCUUUGUUUGCUGUCGUUUUCAAUAAACUAUAAUGAAAUACCACCACGAACUGUUUCCUUGUUGAGAUUCAACGAGCGCAUUUGCACUAAGUUGCUAUCUUAUAGCAACAGGUCUGUGGCUAUCUUAUAGCAACAGCAUGAGCUAACAGUCGGUGGUUGUAUUUGAUUAAUGUUUAUUGAAAAAGUAUGGGUUUCAGCAUUUUUUUUAUUUAUAUAGGCACGGUUUACUCUACAAAUUUAGGUACAAGGUUUACGUUUUUAAGUAUUGACCUUGGGCGAAUCGACAGUCGGAGCUAGAUUCCACAAAGCCUGGAUGAAGUUCAUCAAUCUUUCUUCACUGUCGAGUUUAGUCCGCUAGGUCUGUGGCUGAAUGACUCUCUGCCUAUUCCCCAUGCAGAACAGUCAGUGUGACUCUUACCAUAAAUUACACUGUGGGCUGCGGGGGAUUGAUUUAUGAUGUUGCUAUCAGUUGUCCACAAUUGUUAAAAUCUUGUGUUUGAUGCUCAAACGAUCUGUUGAAUUGCAUACAUGGGGAAAGGGAUGUUAUCCCUGGCUUUGGUAUGAAAUUCAGUUAAAAUAGUCAGACCUUCAUACUAAAUGUUAGCUGCCUGACAAGUUACUGGUUUACUAUAAAUCAAUGGCAAACUGUAUGAAAUGUACUACAGUGGUGCUGAAAAAACACUAUACUGAACAAAAAUAUAAAUGCAACCACUUCAAUGAUUUUACUGAGUUACAGUUCAUAUAAGGAAGUCGGUCAAUUGAAAUAACUGAAUUGGGCCCUAAUCUAUGGAUUUCACAACUGGGCAGGGGCAUUGCACAUUGCCUCAACUUGAGACAUCUGUGGCAUUGUAUUGUGUAACACAACUGCACAUUUUAGUGGCAUUUUAUUGUCCCCAGCACAAGGUGCACCUGUGUAAUGAUCAUGCUGUUUAAUCAGCUUAUUGAUAUGCCACACCUGUCAGGUGGAUGGAUUAUCUUGGCAAAGGAGAAAUGCUCACUAACAGGUAUUGUGAACAAAUGUCUGUACAACAUUUGAGAAAUUAGCAUUUUGUGCAUGUGGAACAUUUCUGUGAUCUUUAUUUCAGCUAAUGAUACAUUGGACCGACCAACACUAUUUUUGUAGAGUAUAUUUAGGGAGGGAACCAAACCAUUACCUAUUUUAAUGGUUCCCUCAAUGAAUGCUAUGUCUGGUUAAUCACUGCAUUCCUGUCUCUGCCCCGCCCAGGAGUUUGACAAGAAGUACAACCCCACCUGGCAUUGCAUCGUAGGGAGGAACUUUGGCAGCUACGUGACCCAUGAGACCAAGCAUUUCAUCUACUUCUACUUGGGCCAGGUGGCCAUCCUGCUUUUCAAGUCUGGCUAA